AUGAACGACAUCAAACUGGCCCUGCUGGGCAGUGAGGGCGCUGGGAAAUCAGCUGUUCUGGUGCGGUUUCUGACCAAGCGCUUCAUCGGGGAGUACGCCUCCAACACUAAUUCCCUGUAUCGUAAAAGACUAUCCAUUGAUGGUAGACAGCUGAACCUGGAGGUGUUCGACCCUUGCUCUCAGGGAACUGAGGCUAGGUGUAUACUGGAGGAGCCGGUGGACUGGGCUGAUGGCUUUGUGGUGGUGUACAACAUCAGCGACCGAACAUCCUUCAUCAAUGCUGAAAACAUUCUGCAGCAGAUCAGAGAGACACGGAUUGAGAACUGCAAAGGGGAGGUGGAGGUGCCAGUCUGUCUUGUGGGCAACAAGCAGGACCUGUGCCACGCCCGGCAGGUUUGUGAGGAGGAGGGCCGCUCGCUGGCGCAGGAGAACCGCUGCCUUUUCCAGGAGGUGUCGGCGGCCGAGAGCUACCAGGAGAUCGCCAACCUCUUCACCCAGCUCAUCAGACAAGUGAUGGAGCACCUCAAGUACCGCACCGACCGACGCCGCUACAGCAGCUCCAAGUCCAUGGCCAAGCUCAUCAACAACAUGUUUGGCAAGAGGAGGAAGUCCGUGUGA